AUGACCGAGUCCUUGGUAACAGGUUCAAAGCCCCUCCGGGCUGAUUUUGACUCAGACAAGGCUCUGCCUAUGACCCCAGAAGAACUCUUCUUAGACCUCACCUUUGACAGCAAUGUUCAAACGGAAAUUCCAAACAAGGUCGUUGUCAAGGGCGGUUUCAACCCUGAAAUCCGGGUAGCAUUUCCCGAGAUAUGGGCUACAUACCGUCGCGAAGCGGAAUUCUACUAUCGUGUCGCGCCUCAAACGACUAUGCUUCUACCAAGAGUUCGGUUCGCGAGUACAAACAUUGUUAACGGGCAAGCACCUUGGGGAGCACGAUUUGGAGACGAGAAAAUUCGACCGCCUGUCGCAAAGGAAUUAUUGGACCCAGACCGUGUAAAGCGCGCCUUCCAAGCCCUAUGGACUUUCGCGGACGCCGACCAGAAAUACUUCUCUCUCAUCCAUGGAGACGAUCACAUCGGCAACACUCUCAUUUUUAAAGACGGUACCCCCGGAUUCAUCGACUGGCAGGGUUUACAGUACGGUCCGUCAAUUCUUGACGUCUCAUACUUCCUCAUGGGUUGCUUGACAGUGGAAGACCGGCGACAGCAUGAGAAGACGCUCAUCGAGACUUACCUUGAGGCUUUACACAAAGAGGGAGGCCCGAAGAUGACAAGGGAUGACAUCUGGGAAGACUAUAAAAGAUAUUGCAUGCAGGGCUUUCUUUGGGCCAUGACACCGCAGGCCAUGCAGCCUGAUGAAGCUGUUUUUGCUAUGGCGGAGAGGUAUUCUGCUGCUAUCAUGGAUCAUGGGAAGUCUUGA